AUGGUACCUCUUUCAGUCGUUGGUAUGUCUAGUUUCACCGCGUCGAUGUUCUGGGUUGGUACGAUCCUCGAUCUCGAUCUCGAGAUCUACCCUGGUCCCCGAUUAUCUCAUUGGGCCCGGGACAAGAUCUGUCCCGAUUCAGUGCAUGCGUGCUUCGGACGGACCCUCAACCGAAUAGUUGUCAAACAGCUGUCGUGGACGUCAAUUGAAGUACUCACCCUCCCUUUCGCCAAGUGUCGCAUAACGCCUACCGGACUGCAGUCCGUGAAGGACGGUCUCGACCACGAUGGCCUUGGUCAAAGCUACCCGUCUCGUCUUCACUCCGCUGCUCUUGCAUUCCUCGUCUCAGGCGUACGAAAAGAUGGGCGACACAGCCUGCCUAAUGAUGCUUUUCAUCCUGACUGUAAGGCGGCCAAGACGCCAGGCAGCCGCGACAAUUACAACAUGAGGCGCGAGCUACUCGGUCUUGCACUCGAUACAAUCACGACGUACGACCGCCUCAGUGGCGGCGCUACCAUUGUCGUAUCCAUUCCUGGGAGCUUGAGGCCAGGCUCUGAUCUCCAGCUCGAGAACAUCCAGACGGAUGUUUAUUUUCCGCCCGGAAUCUUCAACGAGUUGCCGGAGCUUCAGCCCGUCCUCUCACAGCUCAUCCAGCUCACCGUCGAGCUCAUUGGCAUGCCGGUCUGUCGGCGCUGGCGGCGUGCGGCAGAGCAUGCCGGGUGGGAUCUAUCCUCUAGCGACGACGGGCCGAACCCUAACGGUCCAUUCCCCAUCUUCCCCGUUAUCAACACCAGCUCUCAUUACAGGAUCUGGGGUCGACGCACGGGGGAGCUAGAACAGCUCCUUACCGCCGCAGGGUACACGGGAAGUCUCAUUCAAGUCAGCGUUUCCCCGCGCCGUGAUACGUCUUCCCCUCACACUGGUGCGCCCGAGCCCGCUAACAAAGCAACCUCCUCCGACGCUGCGUGUCUGGCCGCGGAUGAGGUAGGCCACCUGCGUGUCGAGAACGCGCAGCUACGUGAUCUCGUACGUCGUCUGAAAGUUGAGAUUGCUGCGUUGCGUGGUCCCCAGAACAAGACCACCGACACCGUUCGCUUGCUGUUCGGCCCCGAUGUGGACACAUCACCUUCCCGGUCCACACCUUCUCCUGUCAUGUCGGCCGCAACGUCCCCACCUUCGUCUCGUGGGACCGUCACCUCCACCGUGAACUCCCCGUCUUCGUCUCGCGGAUCCUUUAUCCCCGCUAUCUCUCUCACAAGACCCCCGUCCUCGUCCGGCGGACGCGCUCCACCGUCCAGCAUCAUCCUACCGCAGCUCGUAGACUGCUCUCCGCUGACGGCCAAGCCUGCGGCUCCGGCGACGCCACCUGUGGCCCGUUCGCAGCUGGCAAUCGCAGCAACGCCAACAACUGCCAGCGGCCGUGUCUUUGCGGUGCGUGCGUCAGCGUCCAGCGACGGCAACAAGGCACCGAAGAAGGACGCUCCGUCCAGAACCACCGAGGUGAAGGCUAUGCAGGGGGGUACGCGCCCCUUACCUGCUGAGCCGUCGCCCCCGAAUACGUUGGCAAUCACGCCACAGCUCGGGAGCCCUUUCCGCUCGCCUAGUGCCAAACCUAGGAUGACGUGUUCCAUACGCUCGCUGCCUUCCGGUUCGCCCGUGUCAAUCUCUGACUCGGAGUCGUCUGUGGGAUCAUCCUCGCGUCCGCUUUCUCCGGUGUCCCCGUUCUUGUCCCCGUCGUCGCCGUCAGAGUCUGUCCCCGGGACGGUGAUCAUCGGUUUUGGCUACCGCUCGGCCCGCUACCUCGCCAACAUUGGCCUCCCAAAGUAUUCUAACUAUGUGCUGGACGACGUGGCUGUGACAUUUGCGGCAGUGCUGUGGCCGGAGGAACUUCGCCGUCGUCUCAGCAUCAGCGAGGAGCAGGCCUCAGGGCUGGCAGACGCGAUGGUGGCAGACGCGCGCGAUCAGUUGCGGCUUACGACGUAG